AUGGUUUGUCUAGUAAAAAUAACGAAUAUUGGACUCAUACGUCGCUUUUGUCUGCUUCACAUCCUGCUUACAGAUUAUAGGAUCUAUCCAAAGAGAAAUCUGGAAUCUUCAUCGGUGGAGUUAAGCUUCAUCACUGCGUUAACAGAAUGCAGAUACCUGAGAGAAAUUUCAGUGGCUAAUAACCCGUUAACUGGUGUUCUUCCAGUUUCUAUAGGAAACCUUUCUUCUUCUAUGGAAGAGAUUUAUGCAGGUGGCUGUAAAAUGAAGGGAAGAAUUCCAAAAACUGUUGGCAAUCUAAGCAAUUUGAGAGUGCUAGGUCUACAAGAGGAUCCCUCGUCUGGAUCAAUUCCAAGUACAGUCAAAGGGUUGCAAAUGCUUCAAGGAUUAUCUAUAGAAAGUAAUCUUACUUCUCUCAGGUAUCUUUAUCUAGCUUCCAACAGAAUAACUUCUUAUGUGCCUGACAGUUUGUGGAGCCUCAAAGAUCUGUUGGGAUUUAUUGUGUCAUUGAAUUUCUUGACUGGCUCUCUACCUUCAGAGAUUGGACUGUCGAAGGUUGCGACAUGGAUAGAUUUGUCGGUGAAUCAGUUCUCAAAUAACAUUCCUAGAAGAAUUGGAGAUUUAAAAAACUUGAAUCAUCUUUCUUUGGCAUAUAACAACUUUGAAGGUACCAUUCCUGAGUGGAUCAAUAACAUGCUAAGUUUGGAAUAUUUGGACCUAUCGCGAACACUUCAAUCUCUCAGCUACUUCAAUGUCUCUUUCAAUUAUUUACAGGGGCAUAUUCCAUCUAAUGGCCCUUUCAAGAAUUUCACUAGUGAAUCUUUUAUCUCCAAUGAUGCAUUAUGUGGAUCAUCUAGGUUUCAUGUUCCAGCAAGCCAAACUCCUUCAAUUCACAAAUCAAGGACAAAGAAAGUGCUUCAAACUAAGUUGUUAGUGUUUGGAGUUUCGGCAAUAACUGUUGGUGUAGCCUUGGCAUUUUUGUUCUUUCGAUACAUAAAGAAGGAGAAGGUUCCUAAUGGAACUAAUUUGUUCUCCUUGACAGCAAAAGGAAGGAUUUCGUAUUAUGAACUACUACAAGCAACCAAUGGUUAUGAUGAAAGCAACCUACCAAGUUUUGGAUCUGUUUACAAAGGGAUUCUAGCUAAUGGAAUUUGUGUGGCCAUAAAGGUGUUCAAUUUACAGUUGGAAUAUUCAUUCAAGAGUUUCACCAGAGAAUGUGAAGCCUUAAGCAGUCUUAGGCACAGAAAUCUGACCAAAGCCAUCGGUGUAUGCUCUAAUGAUGACUUCAAUUAA